CUCGACUUCCUUUUCUGUGCAAAAAUUUUAUGGCGAGUAAUUACGGGGAAGAGUUGAUUCGCUCACUGUGACCACACUGACCUGUACAUCAACCUCCAGAGACGCUUUUCUCGGUUGUCAAGGACCGUGACAUCCGAAGAGUAGUUGAUUGGCUUUGAUAUCAGGUAUUUUGAGGAUUUGUGUGGUUUGUGAACUGGACUUUGUGCUGUCCGUUCUCUUGUCGUGUUGUGGCCUUAGCUGGUCUUGCAGAAGAUCUGCCAGCCGAUGGCUCUAAUGGACAAACACAAAGUGAAGCGGCAGAGAUUGGACCGCAUCUGUGAAGGCAUUCGACCACCCAUCCUCAAUGGGCCCAUGCACCCUCGUCCCCUGGUGGCACUGCUGGAUGGGCGGGACUGCACAGUGGAGAUGCCUAUACUGAAGGACGUUGCCACUGUGGCCUUCUGUGAUGCCCAGUCCACCCAAGAGAUUCACGAGAAGGUUCUAAAUGAGGCCGUUGGAGCUUUGCUCUACCACACCAUUACGCUCUCACGAGACGACCUGGACAAAUUCAAAGGUCUUCGUGUCAUUGUGAGGAUUGGCAGUGGAUUUGACAAUGUUGAUAUUAAAGCUGCAGCAGAGUUGGGUAUAGCAGUAUGUAAUGUGCCAGCGGCAUCUGUGGAGGAAACGGCAGACACUUCCAUGUGUUUAAUUCUGAAUCUAUAUCGCCGUGUCACCUGGAUGCAUCAGGCUCUACGUGAGGGCACUCGUGCCUCCAGCGUGGAGCAGAUCAGGGAGGUGGCUGGAGGUGCUGCCCGCAUUCGAGGAGAGACGCUGGGCAUCAUCGGGCUUGGACGUGUGGGCCAGGCUGUUGCUCUGAGGGCAAAAGCCUUUGGGUUUGGAGUGAUUUUCUAUGACCCAUACCUGCCGGAUGGUGUGGAGAGAUCACUAGGGCUCCAACGCAUGGCAACACUACAGGACCUGCUCAUCCACUCGGACUGUGUCUCGCUACACUGCAGUCUGAAUGAACAUAACCAUCACCUCAUCAAUGACUUCACCAUUAAACAGAUGCGUCAGGGCGCUUUCCUAGUGAACAGUGCGCGUGGAGGUCUGAUAGAUGAGAAAGCUCUGGCCCAGGCUCUGAAAGAGGGAAGAAUACGGGGAGCAGCCCUGGACGUCCAUGAGACAGAGCCCUUUAGCUUCUCUCAGGGCCCUCUGAAGGAUGCCCCAAAUCUUAUCUGUACCCCACACACAUCCUGGUAUAGUGAACAGGCCUCCAUUGAGGCAAGAGAAGAGGCAGCAAGGGAGGUGCGCAGAGCCAUUACAGGCCGUAUCCCAGACAGUCUGAAGAAUUGUGUUAAUAAGGAGUAUUUGAUGUCGGCGUCUCAGUGGCCGUCUAUGGAAGCUUCCACUGUGCACUCUGAACUUAACGGAGCUUCAGCCUAUAGGUUCCCUGCAGGGCUGAUUGGUGUUGCAGCGGGUGGUCUGCCUGGAGCCGGGGCUGGAGUAGAGGGCAUUGUAGCUGGAUCUCUGCCCCUGGCCCAUGCCAUUGCCCCUGUCUCUCACCCUCCUCAUACCCCAUCACCUGGGCAACCUUCCAAGGCAGAGGCUGACAGAGACAUCCCUUCCGACCAAUAGCAUCCCAGCACAUUCCAACAUUGCCCUGAUCGAUGCCCUUUCACCUUACCUAGGGGUCGACCGAGGUUGACAGCCCUGCUUUUGGAUGUGACCUCAGGCCACCACUGAUCAGCAGAACCCAGGAGUGACCCACUCGAAACUCUACCCCUCAACUUACCCCCUCAUUUCCACUCGCUGUAUUCUGUUUCUCACUUUGGCAGUAAGCAAUAACUUCUCUCAAUGAUUCAAGAAUUGGGUUGAUACUCUCUCUAAGCUACAAGUUUCUUUGCUUUUGUAUCUACUCUGGACUAGUUGGAGUUUGUUUCUGAGUAGUGUUUCUUUAAUUUUCAUGGACCUUUUUUUUUUUUUCCUUCAUCCCUCCCAUUCUCCUAUCAAGUAUACAUGUGUCAAACCUUCUCAACCUGUCCUGUUUUAGCAAAACGUUUGAUCAUUGAAACAAAGCAACAGCUGGCUUACGUCUUUGAUUAUAUUCUUCUAGCCACGGUUACAACAGCCAUCAGUGUUUAUUUCCCAGCUGGGGUUCAAUAAUUGAGAUCAAGGCCUAAUGACUAGCCCGUGGCUAAGAGUUACUCAGUCCAUGGGAAGGGCUGAUGUUUUGCGUUCCUCUCACUCUUAUUCCUUCAUGUGGAAGGCGUCUUCUAGAAUUGUCCUUACUCCAUUUUUCUCAGAAAGAUGUUUGCAGAAAACAUGAGAGCUUCAUCCCCCAACCAUACCCCAGAGCUGUUUGGGGUUGGUCUGAUCAUGUGCUCGCUUUAAGUCACAAGAUUUACAGCGACCAUAAAGACUGAGGUCAGCAUAAGUAUCACUGAAACAGCAUAAGUGAAAUUCCAUGGUCGUGUGAUGGACAAUUUACACUUUUUGUAGCCCCUUGUGUUGCUUUGUAAACAGCUUGAUGAUGUAGAAUUGCUUUUAAGGGACCCAGCUCACAUUUAGUUCAUAAGUAAAACUUUCAAACAAAGCCAUAUUCAAAGUCACGUUGUGUAACAUUGCUGGUGUUAAAAAAAAAGAAUUCUGCAGUUCUGUUGGACAAAGAUAAAGAUUUGUUACAUACCUUAACACCCCCCCCCCCCUCCAAAAAAAUGCCCUUUUGCAAUGUGUGUACAACAUUGACUUCCGCUUGACUCAUACUGAGAUCCACCAUAGCAAAGCUGAAAAUAUAGGCACCUUUUUUAUUCUUAGCCAUUUUAAGUCAAAGAAUAUUUGCCUUGUUUUCCAUAUCUUGUCUCUUGCUGUACUUUCUCCUUGUGCCUCCUUUCGAUUAGGCCUUCUCUUUGUGACACAGCGAGGCGCCAUCCUCCUCCACCCUUCAUAUCUCCACUCGUCCUUUCAACCCUCCAUGUCUUCCCAUGAAGACACUGUGUAGCACACCAGCCCUGUCCUUCCUCCUCAGUAUCUUCCACAAGGCACUUAAAUCUUUUUAACUCACUGUCUCAACCCACCAACACAUUUUCAUACAGGCCUAGUAUACAAAUGCAAAGAUUUAGGCUAGGGCUUAUUCUGCUGAUUUUAAGCCUAAACUGUGAUCUGGAGGCUGCGUUAAUAUGAUUUAGCCAGCAGAAGGCGACGGCUUGCUUUCUCCACGUAUAUGUGGCCAGCUCACUGCCUAUUAACUUUCUUCUUAUAGUUUUGGCUAAUUAUUUAAUCCCAGCUCACCAUUAAAUGGCCAAUGGUUGCAUGGACGGCCAACAUUGUGUUUAUAGCUGAUGAUUUAGCAGGAAAUCUGACCGCUAGGGCUGCUCUAUCCAUGGCUCAUAGUCUUGAGACUUGUAUAUUAUCUGGAUGGGUGAUAUGGCGAUUCUAUGCCACACUUUUCAGCAGACAUACCCUAUGGUCACCGAGAGGCAUUUUCUUCUGUAUCAGCAUAUGAAAGAGAUGUUUGACCAUUAGAUGACUCUUAAGAGCACACAAGAUAAGGUGGAAAGAAUGUAAUAAGCUAGGUCACAUAAAAGCUGGUUGCUUUCCAAAGAAGGUAGGCCAUCCCCAAGCUUGAGUGUGUCACGGGAUACCGUUCUGCGUGAAGAGCAAGGCCUUUCUAGUACCUCAGUAACAGAUAUUGAAUGUAUGCUUAAAUCUUUUUCUUUGUACAGCUUUUUUAGGCCAUAUGUUCUUAUUUCUUAGGGGGUGUGUAUGUGUCUGCAUGUAUGUGGCGGCGUGUGACUCCUUAUCCUGUACAUCAGUUAUACACAAAUUACAUAAGCUUUUCCCCCCUCUCUCUAAGCUUAGGGUCUAUAUAUUAUUUCAUUAGAAAAAUCUCAGGCUUUAGCUUUUGAACGUUCUUGAUCUGUGAUUUGUUUUUACAUUUUCUGUACAAAGGAGCACAGUUUCAUGUCCUCAUUGAGGGCUAUGCUAAUAAAUGGAGAAGGGGGGGUGCAAAAUUUGGUAAAUGGUACACUAAUAAACCAAUAUUUCAGUAUAGAUUUUGGGUGAAUCUUCGCUGCCUACCAACAGUUCAUUCUAUGUACCUGAUGUUGUUGUAAGUAUCCCCAGAUGGUCAUCCUUGAUAGUCAGUACUCACGAAAUAAUGCAUGAUAAGACCGAAAAAUAUUUCUACAUAGUUGUACCUUUUAGGCCCCUCCCCUUGUUCCUGAUUUGCCACAUUUUGGUGUUGUUUUGAGUAACAUGCAACUUUCCUAGACUUAAGUGACACCCCUUUAGAGCUGCUCUGUAAAUUUCUGUGCUACGUUUUUUGAUUGCCGUUGCAUUUUUAAAAAAAGUUUCUUCUAGCAUUAUCGUUGCGUUUCUUUGCCGUCAACGUCAUCCAGCUAUGAUAUGAGAUGUGCAUUAUGUGUUAAAACCAAGAAAUUCUAAUUCUGGCCUUGUUUGUGUCAUUCAGUGUUCAACAUGUUGUAUUGAAACAUUUCAAGAUGAGUAUUGUUCAAUACCUUAGCCCUUUCUUGUGAUUCAGCAUCCAGGAAUCCCUCUUGUUUGAAAUCCCCUGCCAUCUUAAGAGCGUAGUUGGCAUGUAGUUCCCUCGCUGCCUUAAUGUUAUAGAUUGUGGUGGGCUUGGUGAGUUUCUUCUAUUCUUUCUCUUCCCCCUACACACAUACCCCUCAACCUCUACUCUUACCCCCACAAACACGCAUGCAAGAGAGAGGAAGCUGUUUUCUUUAGCCAUAUGUUUCUCUGUGUGCUUAAUGCAUAUUUCUGGAGAACACAAAUGGCUUUCACUUUAAGGUGUGAAAUGCUCAGGCACUAUGAAAGACCCUUUCAGAACAUGCUAAUCUUUGCAGUGGGACAAAGCUUUGGCUAAGUCUAGUCCAUGAAGGAAGGCUGGAGAGGAAAGAUAUGGACUUGGAGCUUGUUAGUUUCUCUCUCAGGGUUUUAAUAUAUACACAUAUCCUUCAGCCGUUAGUCAUAACCUUCCUCCAUCAGAAUGAAGAUCCUGUUCUAGCUCUCUCUGAAAUGCUUCAACAGUGAGUGUCUUUCUCUGUGAUAUAUUCCUUUCAAUACCACUCUUUCUCCUCUGCUUUCUUUUUUGCGUGUUUGUCGCACUGACUCCUAACAACAAAAGAAUGAAUGUUUUAAUAGAUCUGCGUGUAACGUUGAAGUUGGGAAAUGUAUUUUUACAACAUGUGAACUUUUUAUUCCUUUCUCUUACCUUUUUGUUGUGAAUUGAUUUUCCCCUUUUCCCCCAUCACCAGACUGCAAAAAGGUAAAAACAACAACAAAAAAAUCCUGUUACCUAGGCUCUUAAGCUUUUACUUUUGUUUUUGUUUACUUUUUUAUUAGAAAACAAUCAUGUUUGUGAUGGUAACCUCUGAUGGUAAAUUCCACAAGUUAUUUUAAUAAAAUCGUAAAG